UCUGGCCUUAUAAGGGAUCCAGUGUCAUGGCAACGGCAGGGCUUGAAUAGCAGUGUCAAAUCCCUGAGCACACAGACACGGCUCACUCUCUCUAAAGGAGGGAAGGAGGCAGAGAGACACAGAGACGCAGGGAGAGAAGAUCUGGAGGAGCUCAGAGGAGCAGUGGAUCUGAGGACUGCUCUCCACAGCACCGUCGCUCUUUGACUGAAAAGGCCUAUGUCCGUGUUUCUCCGGCUCUUGUUUGACUAAUUUAUUCCUGCGGGGGCCCCGUAGAAAGAACGGGGAGAAAAAAAAGGACAAGCAGAGUAGUAAAGAGUGCAACACUACACCGUGACUCGCUGACAGGGAAUGCAGAAAAGGUUCUGGCCUCUGGUUGUAACUGCUGGACGGACAAGCACUGACAAAGCAGCAGAGCAACAGUCUGACAGACGACUGUGGCUGAGCAGAGUGGUGAACUCUUGUGUUUGUUGUGGCUUGUUUUCUUUUUUUUUUCUGUGACACUUGAGACACUGUGACAUCACUCACUGAGGAGUUUGGAAAAACCACAACAAAACAGAAUUUUUAUCCCAGACAACAGAAAAGAAGAGUUUCUGAAGAAACUAGAUUUUUCUCGGACGGCACAAAAUCUGGGACCAUCGUCUUCGUCGUUUUUGGAGCACAAAAGUGUUGCUGAGCCCAAAAAUAUCAGGGUCAAAGCAGAAGUUGCACUCUGGUCAGCUCUUCUUCCAAGUUCAGGACAACAUCUUUUUUUAAAGCUCUGACUGGAAAUGUGUGACAGCUUUUGAAAGCUCUUCUCUUCAGCACUUUUUGUCUUGAGUUUUGACAAGUCGAGAGUUGGUCCGGACUAGACGCGUCUCAGAUGAGCAGAUAACACAUCAGAGCAGCAGGAACUGGUUGAACUCGUUCAUAUGUUGGAGGAGAGGGCAGGGCAGUUUAACCCUGCCUGGAGCUGAAGAGGAGCUGGCUUUUAUUUCUCCUCCUCACUCUACACUCUGGUUGUGCUUCUGGGAGAAAGUCAUGCACUGAGAAGACUGAGGAGGUCUGACCUUCUUUUUAUUUUCCUUCGCAGAGUGACUCUUGUUUUGUCCCUCACCGCUAUGCUCACAGAUAGGUGAGGUGGUUGUAUUUUUUUUUUGCUCCAGAGCGGGAGAGAGAGAAAGUGAGAGGGGAGAGGGAGUAAUUUAUUGUUUCCUGUGAAAAGAGCAAAGGCUGCACCCUUUUCUCCUGCCUGAACUCUGAACCACCAAAUGUGUGUCUGAAGUUUUCUCAGAGCUCGGCAGCCAUUGAUCAGAGGUCAGAGUAGAAAACAGGGGGGGUUAAAGACGGGAACAGAGAGCAGAGGGAUUAAAGUGAGGGAGAAAACUGCUCCAGGAAAGACCUCGGGGUCAGAACAAUACGACAACAGGGGAGAAAGGUCAACGCAGAGGAACCUGGGACAACUUUUCAUCGCUUUUCAGGGGCAAGCCUGCUUUUAAUUAUAAACCUGGAACCACUGUCUCUGAGGCUAAGCACUGUUCUUGGGCUGUAGGAGUAGCUGGGUAGCCGGGGAACAGGGAGGGUCUGUGUAUGAUCAACACACAGGACCGCACGUCCCAGAGAAUAUGGCCAUGGUGAGCGGGGGAUGGGGCAACCCCAACGGGGACACUAACGGACUGGGGGAGAAGGCUUACCUGAAGAGGGAGGACGAGGAUGGAUCGCCCCAGGCUGGCAGCAGCGACGUGGAUGUGGGGGACGAGGACAAGACCUGCGUGGUGGACUGCGUGGUGUGUGGGGACAAGUCCAGUGGGAAGCACUACGGUGUCUUCACCUGCGAGGGCUGCAAGAGCUUCUUCAAGAGGAGCAUCAGACGAAACCUCACCUACUCCUGCAGAUCCAAUCGAGAAUGUCAAAUCGACCAACAUCACCGCAACCAGUGCCAGUACUGUCGGCUAAAGAAGUGUUUCCGCGUUGGGAUGCGCAAAGAAGCCGUCCAGAGGGGUCGAGUACCUCCAACUCACUCGGGCAUCAGUCCAAGCUCACUGGCAGGUGUUCCUGGAGGAGCGGGACCGGGUCACAUCGGGCUGGAUUACUUCAACGGGCAGCCGGUUUCCGAUCUCAUCUCUCAGCUCCUGCGGGCAGAGCCCUACCCCAGCAGCCGCUACGGUCCGCACUACAGCCAGGGACAGAUGCAGGCAUCUGUGAGCGGAGCAUCUGUCAUGGGCAUCGACAGCAUCUGUGAACUGGCAGCUCGACUUCUCUUCAGCACCAUUGAAUGGGCCAGAAACAUCCCAUACUUCCCAGAACUGCCGGUGUCAGAACAGGUGGCGCUGCUGAGGCUGAGCUGGAGCGAACUCUUCAUCCUGAACGCUGCUCAGUCUGCUCUGCCUCUGCACAUGGCUCCUCUGUUGGCAGCUGCCGGUUUCCACUCGUCCCCGAUGUCCGCAGAACGUGUAGUGUCCUUCAUGGACCAGGUCCGGGUCUUCCAGGACCAGGUGGACAAGUUGAACAGGCUGCAGGUGGAUUCAGCCGAGUACAGUUGCCUGAAAGCCAUAGCACUGUUCUCACCAGAUGCCUGUGGUCUGACUGACCCAGCCCAUGUGGAGUCCCUGCAGGAGAAGGCCCAGGUGGCACUGACGGAGUACGAGAGGAUGCAGUACCCGAACCAGCCACAGCGUUUCGGCCGCUUACUGCUGCGUCUCCCUGCUCUGCGGGCUGUCCCAGCCAACCUCAUCUCUCAGCUCUUUUUCAUGCGGCUGGUGGGCAAGACGCCCAUCGAGACGCUGAUCCGCGACAUGCAGCUGUCAGGGAGCUCCAUCGGCUGGCCAUACGCUACGGGGCAGUGAAACAAAAAACAAACAGAGAAACCAGAGUGAGGAGAACUGAGAUCAGAUGGGAAGAUUACGCACAAAUACAAACUGAAUGUUGUGAACACAAACUGUUCUGAGGUUUCCCUUCAUUAUCCUCAUUGAAUUGGUGGUGGUCUCACCAAAGCUGCUCCAGGGAAACAAAAAUCUUAGAUUUCCUUUACUUUCUGCUCACUUAACAGUUUCCCCUGCCCCUUCAUCUGAUCUCUCUUUGUCUCAUUCUGGACAUGAAACAGGGGUUUAAUGAGAAUGUGGACUCUGACCCGAGGCCACGUGCCUAUACUACCUCCUCCUUUAUCACCUCUAAUGUGACUCAAGUUGGAACACAGGCCUGUAUGCUUUUCCGUCUCUUCUGUUUCUAAACACGAAGCCAUAGCAGUGCCACUUUUACUGAACGAGCUUUACGUUAGAGACGCGUUUGUUAGUCCUAAAACAGCAUGAAGACAAAAGAAAAAAAAAGGCAUUGACUUUGGUGUACUCUUUAAAAGCAGCGUUUUCCAAAGUUUUUAUACAAAGAAUCACUUUAAUGGUUAGUGACUCCAUAUGAAUGGAAGUCUGUGGUGAGAUGAUGUCACUGUUCACUUCAUUCUGUUCACUAAUUCACCUCUUUGUUUUAUUGCUCUAUGAUGUCAACUUUGUAAUGGGGGACAAAAGCAUAAUAUGACAGGAAAGUGCAUGUGAAUAGACGAGAAUCAGAGCAUCAACUCAAAGCCUGACAAUGUUGUUCUUCCUUGUUCAAAAUUUUAAAAAUCUUAACUAAAAGACAAUGAAAAAGUCAAAAUAUAUAGUAAUAUGAAAAAUGACGUCAAACAUGUUGAGUUGAAAACCAAAACAUCUGCUCUACUUCUCUUGUUUGCAACAAUAAUUUGGAACAAAAGAACUCCAAUCCAAUGCAUCUUAUGUUCAUUCUGUGGCUAUUUUUCAAAUACUACUACAUGACUGAGAAAACUUCAAGACUUGAAUAUAGAAAUAAUUACACUAAAUGUUCACAAAAACUCUCCUGUCGUCCUUGGAAAACGCAGCUGUGGAGUGUAACUGAGCAGAAAAGGAAAUAGUUCAACAUAUUGAUGGUAACACGUCUUAAAUACUGGCUGCUGGGUGAAUACAUGUAAAAAAGGAAGAAAGCAGCAAAGAAAACAAAAAAAAUCCCCUGACAGCAAGUGUAAAGCUGCCCCAAGAACUAACAUUAACUUUUCUUUCCUCAUUUCACACCACGGUAAUGUUAACAUUGACACUUUCUAAAGAGACAUUUGAAGAAACCACGUGAUGAAACAUACAAAUCCAUGUCCUUAAAUGCUGAAACACGCCUCUGAUGCUGUGUACCAUGUGACAGUAGGGACAGAGUGAAGCAGGCAGACAUUGGCUGGAUCCUCAGUCACAUCCCUGUGUGACAUUAUUACCUCAUGUUUUAUUCAUAAAGAUUGUAUUGUGAACUGUUUGUGUACGAAAGGUAAAUAUAAAGGGAUCAAUGUAUCUUUUCAUUAUCAGAACAACCACAAUAAUAUUUCCUUGUGACUUGUCUAACAAAAUGAUGCCAAUGAUGUUUUUUGUUUUUUUUUGGAGGUCCGGGGGGUUAAAAUGUAAACUUUAUUUAGAGGACACAUAUUGUUUGGAAGAUUAUUUACAGAAAGGUCUUUGGCUUUUCUGCCCAAUCUCUGCACACUUGUUUCUUAAUGGUAGGCAUAGUUUAUUCUGAUCCGUUGUUUCCCCCCAUGUUUUUGAGCCCUUAUCCUGAAGCACGUCAGUUAAUGUCGACCAUCGGUGCACACAUUCAAGGUACUUUUAGGUGUUGGGAGGGUCUGGGGGUGGGGGGGGAGGGGGAGCAAAGGCCAUGUUGUUUGUUGGUACUGACAUCAUAAAGGUCAUGGUACUUAAGUUCAUGGUUGUUGUGGCCAUGGACUGAAGCUCACUUUCUUUCAAAGUACACCGACUGAAAGACGAAUUUCACGUGAUCACAGUCCCUGGAACUUCCUCAGCGGCGCCGCCUGCUGUCACUCUGUGUUAUUUGUUGGAAUGUAAACUGUAGUGAUUUAACUGUUUAGCUAUGCAUUUAAAAGGAAUUAUGUUCAUGUGACCAUGCCAAAACUUCAAAGAGAAAUGCAAGCCAUGUCCUUGGGUGGUUAUUUUUGCAUUGCUGAAAAUAAAAGUAUGCACAAUUCCUGUCUGAG